AUGGAUCCCUACUAUGACGACGAGCACCAGCGCAAGCUCUACUGGGAUGAGAGCACUCGAAUGGCCGGCACCGUUCAGUACGUGCCGGCUGACCAAGCCUACCCUGAAGGCUAUCUGGGGCUCACGGUCAAUGACUCGGAACCCUGGCGUCGAACCGACAACGAGUACCCCAGACCCAUUCACCAGAGACAGGGUGCUUUUGCCAUCCAAACGACUCGUAACGCUCAAGAGGAACCCGGUAUCCACCAGAGCGAGCCCAAUGCUACCGAGGGCGGUGACCAAUAUGACAUCGAACCCGAGCCCCAGAUCAUCGAAUACCUGCAGGACGGCUAUACGGACAUGCAGUCAGUCGACUCCGGCUCCAUGCAACAGUUGACUGGUGCUGGCCAAAUUCUUGUGGACUUUGGUGUCGACCCGGCCCUCGACCCUUCUCCCGAGUACGGCGAUCCUCUUGGAUUCGUUGAUCAGGGCGUGGAACAAGAGCUCUACAACGGACAGGAGCUCGAGCAAUACCCACAUGAGAAUGUGGCGGAGGCGAAAGAGCAGCAGCAGCAGCAGCAGGGAGAGGAGGAGGAUGAGGAGAACACUAGUGAGGUCAUCUCUUCGGGCCCGGCUGCGCCUGCGAUCCCUCAAAUCGCCGCCAGUGUUCAGGUGUCUCAGGCCAGGUCCACCAAGCAAUCUCACAACGCAACCAUCCCCGGCGUCCAGUAUAACGAUGGAAGUCCCGAUCCGACCCCUGGCGUUCCUGGCCUGGCCUUAGUCCCCGCCGAAGACCCCUGCCGCCGGGAAACGGUGGUGAUCGACGGGAAGGAGAAAAUUCGCGUCAGAUGCAACAGAUGCCGCAAGGCUUUUUCGCGCGUCGAUGAGGCCAGAUGGCACCUUCGGUUCGAACACUAUGGACAGUACUACCUACCCAGAGGCUGUCACAUAGUCAAGGGACGAGAGCAAGCUUUGAUCGAUUGCCCUUGA